AUGGACCCCAGCACACUCGACCCCUCCAAAACAGCCCAAUGCACAUCCUGCAAGCUCAGCGAAGACUUCAGCAACUACUGGACCGCAUCCAUCUACUUCCAAUCUCCCGAGAAUGGGACGUUCAAGCGGGUGCCGCAGAUGGCGAAUGGGAUGUUGAAUGGGUCGUUGUUGGAGCAGGAUGGGGGCAUUACGGUGUAUUAUAUGAGGCCGUUUAGUGGGUCGAAUAAGAAGGUUACUGUUAUGCCGAAGGGAUUCCGAAUGUUUACUGGUGAUCCGAACUUGCGCAAGAAACCGAGUGGAACGAUGAAGAUAUGCCAUCGCUGUCUCGCUGCCAGCGAGCGCACAAUGGGCGGCUCCGGCGCCCCCUGCUCCUCAACCGACACCGCCGAAUUCCCCAACAAGCCCUGCCCGGGCGGGAUCCGCGCAACAGUGAUCUUCCCCUCCUGCUGGGACGGCAAGAACCUCGACAGUCCCGACCACGCCAGCCACGUAGCGUACCAGUCUGGGUCUGCUCUCGCGGGCGACAAGUGUCCGUCUACGCACCCCGUGAGGAUCCCGCAGGUGAUGUAUGAGGUUAUGUAUGAUACGAGUGGGUUUGCGGAUAAGAGGUAUUAUCAGAAUGGGAAGCAGCCGCUGGUUUAUAGUUUUGGUGAUCCGACGGGGUAUGGAGCUCAUGGUGAUUACCUGUUCGGCUGGGUCGAUGGUUCGCUUCAAAAGGCUAUGGAUACGCUUGGGACGGAGUGUUUCAGUGAGACAUGUCCGCCUCUGAAGUUGCAGCUGGGGAGAUUGGCGAUUGCUUGCACUAAAGCUCAGCAGGCUAAGGAGGAUAUUGGAAAUUCUGCUUGGCUUCCAACUUUGCCUGGUGGCAUGCUUGUUGCGUAA